AUGCAGAUCUUCACCACCAUCCUUGUGGCGGCGUCCGCUGUGACCGCACACUAUACCAUUCCUUCAAUCCAAAACACUGCUGCGUGGACUGCCGUUCGACAGGCCAAGAACUGGCAGGAUAAUGGUUUUGUGGGCAAUGUCCAGAGCAGUGACAUCCGCUGCAACCAGCUCUAUGCCGGGAACUCAACCGUUAGUGUUGCUGCCGGAGGCUCAGUGAGCGUCAGCAUCGCCCCGAACAUCUACCACCCGGGCCCCUUCCAGUCCUACCUGGCCAAAGUCCCCACCGGUCAAGACAUCAACACUUGGGACCCGACCACCGCCGUGUGGUUCAGGAUCUACGCAGAGCAGCCCACGUUCGGCAGCCAGCUGACGUGGCCCUCGAAUGGCAAGUCCACCAUCCCCGUCACCAUCCCGAAGUGCAUCCCGGCUGGCAACUACCUGAUGCGCAACGAGCACAUCGCACUGCACGUGGCCCAGAGCGAGGGCGCGGCACAGUUCUACCUCUCUUGCGGACAGCUGGCCGUCACCGGCGGAGGAAGCACCCAGCCGUCGAACCUGGCGGCGUUCCCGGGCGCGUACAGCUCCAAGGACCCCGGCAUCCUGAUCAACAUCAACUACCCUGUCCCGACGUCCUACGUCAACCCUGGCCCGGCCACGUUCACCUGCUGA